UUAAUGCUCUACUACUAAUUUACUAUUUCAUAUUUAAUUUUAAGUUGGUAAUUUUGGUUAGAUUUUGCGUUCCCUUCAUUUUAUAUACAUUCACGGCAGCAGUGAGUAUAUCUAUAUUUGCGAUGCAGAAGUACUUGCGAAAUUUAUACAUCAAAAUCAAUAAGAAUGGUUGGAAAAUUACAAAUGCCAGUCCAAAAACCUACAAGCAGAUAACCGAGUUGCAUACUUUCUGUAAGAGAGCCAUAAUGGUUAACUAUUUUUUCGUGUAUAUGGUUGUUAUAUCUCUACUCCCCUUUAAACCUCAAGACCCCUACACGACUAUGCACUCGAUAUUGUUUUUUUUGCGAAAUCUCCCACCAUUUCUAUUUCUUCUUCUAAGCAUUGUGAAUUACUCGGUAAUUUUCAUCAUGGCCUACACAAUUAUUUCAUACGCCUUUGUAUUGCUGUAUUUUACAACCUUUCUACAAAUUCAGUACAUGCUUAUUAAUGACUCAUUGGAAAAAAUUGGAGAGAAUUUUCGACACAUCAAGGCAGAACAAUUAGUAGAUUAUGAGCCAUAUCAAAGACAAGCAUAUAGAACGAUAUGCAAAGCAGUGGAUUAUCAUAUUAAGCUUAAUCUGGUUGCAAAAGAUUUCAAUGAAUCCCACAAAAAUGUUCUGGUGGUCCAUUUAUUUGGGUGUAUGUUAUCACAAAUCAGUUUACUGUUUAUUUUAGGUUUGUUCGGAGGACUAUCAAAUCCCAUAGCAAUAACUCUUAUGUUGCUUGAAUCCGCUAUCAUUGCAUUAACCUAUUUGUAUUGUGGGGUUGUUUUUCAAGGAUUUAACGAUAGUAUAACCUUUGCAUUGCAAAGAUGUAGAUGGGAAUCUUGGAAUGUAGCAACGCGUAGAGCAAUGGCCAUUUUUAUGCUUAACAGUGUUGAACAAAUACAAAUUAAUGCCUAUAUAUUUCUGGUAGACUACAAUUUAUUUAUUUGGAUGAUUCACAAAAUUACUAAUGUUUAUAGCGCUCUAUUAUUUAUAAACCCGGAAGCCAUUCAACUAUAA